AUGCCCGGGAAGCGAUCUGCCGAAGCACUCUCUGCUCGCCGUAAAACAGGAUCGUCCAAGAGGCGUCGUCGCCUGCAUGUUGCCUUGGCCGCUGUUAACUGCGUUGCCCAAAUCGCCGAGUCGGCGACGAGAACCGAUCUGUCAGACGGCGACUCUCUCAUCGAGCACCUACGAAGAGUCGGGAAAAGUGCUGUUGCGCUGGUUCGUCCUACCCACGAGAUUUUUCAAGACGGUUCCGGUCUCAAUGCCACCUUGCCCGAUCUGGAAGUUGGCCGCGUGGAGUGGUUCCACAAUCCCUGUUGCCCCGUUCUGCGUAUCUUCUCCCAGUGCAUCGUUGCCUUCGACCUCCAUGGUAUGUUACGCGAAGUGAUCGCCAAUAACGGCACGCCCAGCGAUUCCACAGCCUUGGGAGAAAGGUUUACCAUCGCCAGUGACAUGUGCCGAGAAGCACUCUGCAAAUAUUUGAAUGUGGAUAACAACAAGGCUAAUUGCGCCGACUACUACGCCAGUCUGUUCAUCGCUCUCCUCAAGUUUACCAAUGAUGAAGACGAGCCUUUACCACAAUGCCUAGCUAACCCGAACGGUUUGCCGUGUGGUAUAACUCUACCGGUCCCCAAAGCUGGUAAUCUACCUGAGUUCACCCCCGACGUCGCCAAGAUCGCAAGUGCUGAACCCCCAGAAUGCGUCAAAGGUUUCGAGAAUCACUACGCCUCAGCCGAAGUUAGUAUGAACCUACUUUAUGAGAAGGUCCGUCGCGACAUCGCAAGCGGCCUGAUGGUAGAGGUCGACGGGGACGACCUCGAAGAUCUGACCUUCGUCAAAUGCGCUCUGAUCGCUAAGACUCAGUCCAAGAUAAAUGUGUCGGAUCCCCUGGCUGGUCUGCGGGUCGUCGAGGACUACAAAGCGAAUGGAGUCAACCGUCGUGGUAUCACUCACGGCCUGAUCAAGGAGACUAUUACUCUCCCUACCAUCAUCGACAUCAUCUCGGCAUUGGACGCCGUCACUUGUCACCCCAAACAUCAAAACAUUCCUUGGUGUUUCGCCCAACUGGACUAUGUAGCUGCUUAG